AUGAGUUUUUCUCCCCCAAAGCUUGAUCCCAUUCUUUAGUCUGCCUCUCAGAUUUCGGCUCUUCACAGCAAUCAGCAGUCAGACGUUGUCAUGCAAGAGUCCUCUGUCCUAGCUCCAUUGCAAAGCCAUCCAUCCACACAAUCCAGCAAUGGCUACUAGUAUUUAAAAUAAAAUGUGAACUAAAAGAAGACUUUCAAUAAGAAAUUUUCUUUUAUGCCUCUUAGCUAAAAUGAAGACGGAAAUCUCAUGAUGAACGCUAACUAAGAAAACAUAGAUCCAAACAUGCUCUCAGACAAUAAAGUUGGGAGUUGCCUGCAAAAUAAGUAAAGCUCACUUAAAAAAGCCUAUAAUGCAGAUAAACUAGGGCAAUUACCUUAUGAGUUAUAGCUGAUGAUCACUUUUUAUUUGAGUCCAAAAGAAAUUGUACUGAUCAUUAAAAAUCUCUCCAAUCAGUGGAGAAAGUAUGUCAAAGACUCCAAACUGUGGUAGCUACUAGACAAACAGAGGCAUCUCACUAUCAAUGAGAGACUUCAAAUUGUACAAUGCAUAGUAGAGAGAAGGUCCAAAGGUAAAUUGUAUAAGGUAUUUGAUAGAGUAACCAACGAAACUUGCUUGUUAAGGAAAAUUUUCUUGGAUGUAACAAAUGCAGGCUAGGAUGAUGGCAUUCCUACAAGCGUCCUAAGAGAAAUCUCUCAUCUCAAGACCCUAGAUCAUCAAAACAUUGGCAAGAUUAGACAUGCUGAGGUUAAAAAUGAGCUUGCUCAGAUAGUGUACGAGUAUCACGAUAAUAAUCUUAAGGAAUAUGUUAGGAAAAAUUCUUAAUUGCCAUUCUAAAACUAUCAAAGACCAAAAUCUGACAGAUAACUAAAUAUCCUCCCCGUUGAAAAAGUCAAAAGCAUCAUCUAUCAGAUCAUUCAAGCACUCUGCUACUGCCAUAGACACGGAAUUAUGCAUAGAAAUUUGAAACCAGACAACAUUAUGAUAUCUAAAGAUGAGAUUGUAAAGUUGGUAGAUUUAUCACUAAGUAGAAUAGCAAAUAUCCCACACUUCCCUUAUACUCCUGAAGACCCGAAGGAAAGAGAGAGAUCUGGCAGAGAAGCUAGAAGACUGUGGUAUAGGCCGCCUGAACUAUUAUUUAGAAAAUAGAUGUACUCCUUUGAGGUUGAUAUGUGGGCAGUUGGCUGUCUAUUGGCGGAAUUAUCUCUCGGAGAAGCCCUAUUUAAUGGGGAGUCAGAGAUAGAAUAGCUUUUCAAGAUAUUUAAGUUGACUGGUUCACCAUCACAAGAAUUAGUUGAGAUGAUUAGACUUGGAAACGAAAAUGAUAUCAUAAAUCUUCCCUAAUGGGAUAGAGUAUAUUUUGGAAAUGUUUGCUUCAACAAAGACUCAGACUAAAUGAAACAAAUAGUUUAAGCUUAUAUCCCUGCAAGAGAGAGCAGCUUGAUGAAGCUGUUUGAUCUCAAAGAGAGAUUAGGCCACUCAGGUCUUGACUUGCUUUACAGGUUGCUCGAGAUAAAUCCUAGCCAGAGGAUCUCUGCAGAACUUGCCUUAUAACAUUAAUUUUUCGACUCUAUUAGACAGUCCUAGGACACAAAGAGAUUUGAUUAUUCAAUCCAGCCCUGUAUUGGCAACUAUGAAGGAAACAUUCCACUAGAUCAUUUCCCUCACAUUGCCAAAAUAAUGCAUCUCAAUGAGAUUAAGCUCAUGCCAAAUGGCAAUCUAAUGGCGAAGCAGAAGCACAUCACUGAUAAUAUGAGGUCAAUACUUGUAGACUGGCUUGUAGAUGUGAGUGUUCAUUUUGAAGUAAUGAGUGAGACACUACAUUUUGCUGUUAACUACAUUGACCGUACAUUAUCUAGAAUGGUAGUUGAAAAGAAGUAACUGCAGUUAGUCGGGGUAUCAUGCAUGAAAAUAGCUGAUGUCUUUAACGAAAGAUCUAAAGAGUACUAUCGUUAGGAAAAUGCUACUGAGUAUGCUUACAUUACAGCUGAUGAAUAUAAAGCGGUUGAAGUGAUAGCAAUGGAAAAAGAAAUUCUAAAUUUGUUAAACUUCGAAUUGUACUCUCCCACUUCCAUCUCAUUCUUGAAACUCUACGGCUAAAUCUUGAAUCUAGAUCGUCGAGUGACAAUCUUGUCAGAGUACCUAGCUGAUCUGAUGCUCUUAGCUGUUAACUAACACUAGUACGAGUCCAGUAUGUUGGCCUAGUGUUACAUAUUUAUUUCGAUGCAAGCCAUAGACAUCCCCUUUAGUGAUAUUGAUGAGGAUAGAUUAGCGAGAUUCAGAUAACUGACUAGAGGCUGGGCAAGUCUUGAACGAUAGCAAUAGUGUGUGAGCUUCAUUAUUAUGAGUUGGUCUGAAGGUAGACACAAUCCCCACUUCUCUAGGUUCGACGCAGUCAACAAUAAAUAUGAGCAAUAUAUGCAACUCAUUAACAUCAGAGCACUAUUACCUCCUCUUAUUUAAAACAGAGCUUUCGACUAAUGGUUUAAUUAUAAUCAAGAAGGAUUCAUUAAUGAAAAUGCUAAUAGCAUAAACUUGAAUAACUACAGCACCCUCGAUCUUAAUGAGAAUAUGGAGAUAAACUGA